GCCCCCACGCAUUCAGCCAAAGGCGCCGCGGGGGCCCGCUGUACAAGCACAUUGUUAGCGUUCAAUUUAACGCUACUGGCAACAAUCAUAUUGUGGUCGGCGCAAGCCCUCGCGGUGCCCAUGCACAGACGCGCCAAUAGUCCAGACUAUGCCCAAAGGCAGAGUAUUGCAUACUUGCGGGCGCAGCAGGACAACAACAACGACAACAGCAACAACAACUUGAGCAAAAUCUGUCGGACAUGCGAGCAGAGCAACAGCAGCAGACGAUUGUCAAUGCAAGCAUAUCGCAAACGUAUUGGAAACGUCGCAAGUGGAAACGCUGUCGGUGAAAGUGUAUAUAGUGGUGCGUACGAUACGCUCAGCGUUUCGCACAGUGUAUAUAGUGCAAAUAAUAAGUUAGAUUUAAUUAUAAACGGCAGCCAGAGCAAAGUGUCGCCCAAACAUAAUUCGCUGCCAGCCACAAAUUUACCUAAUAAAUUACCAACAACGGCGGCAGCAGCAGCAGCAACAACGGCAACUGUUGCAACACGCGCCUAUUUCUCGGUGCCCGUUUUCGCUAUUGCCACGCCUCUUGAACGUCGCGCCGCGUCGCACUCGACUGCCAUUGGGCCCUCGGCAUUCGGUUCGCCCGCGUCCAUGUUGCUGCCAUAUCAAAUUAAUCAACGUGCUACAUUGUUGCAAGCAACGCAAACGGCAACAACAAUUGCAACGACAACGGCUGCGCCUCAUGUGCCAACAACAACAACAACAACAACACGCAACACUCUGCAUGCUGCGCAUCGAAUUUUUAAUCGUGAUACAGUCCGAACAGCGACCAACGCAUCACCUUUGACACCACAACAACAGCAGCAGCAGCAACAACAAUCUACAACAACUCCAGCAACAACAACCACAGCACGAGUCGAAUUCAUACUCUAUACAGAGCUCUACGAAGAGAAUUCAGACAUCGAUACAACUACAACGAACAAGCAAAGCUUUUGGCAUAAAUACGGCCACGUUUUGCUGAUCGCCAUUGGUGUCGCCGUGUGUUUAGUGUGUGGCAGCGUGCUGGUCACUGUGAUUACACUGCGACGCAGCCACAACACGACAGCAGCAGCAUCAACAACAGCAACAGCAAUAACAACGCGACGCGCAAGACAUAAGCCACGGCGCAGCAGCUGCAACAAGGAUUGCGAACCUGGCAGCAACUAUUAUAAAGGUGCGACGGGCAACGAGACUGCCUUUGCUCUGGCCCUACCACUGACAAGGACAGCAGCAGCAGCAGCAGCGGCAGCAGCAGCAGCACAAGCGGAUACAGCAACAACCACAGCA